AUGGCUUCCAAUCGCGCUCGAGUGCCCGACCAGGCCUCUCCAAUCCACCGUCUAGCGAUCAAGCCUCUCUUCGACAGCCUCCCACCUCGCGACAAGCUCUACGCUCACUAUCUCUCGCAAGCAGCCUGGAAAGGAGCACGCAUCAUCUUACGCCAGACCUCUUUAGAAUCCGAAGCCAUCUUCAACUUCAUCAUAGAGGCCUAUCGUGCAUGCGAGGGCGAGUGGAGCCAGUUCGAGGAAGUAUGCGCGGUAACCGGCGAUGAAGUCAAGGCCUUUUUGAGCUAUGCUGGGCUAUUUCUGUACAAUCUCGGGAACUUCUAUGGUGAGGGAGGCCAGAAGUUUGUGCCUGAUCUUCGCAAAGAGUCACUGGAGAAGAUCGUGGGAUGCGUGGGUAUGACAGGAUCUGCUGCUGAGAACUUGGUUGAGGGUAUGACUGCAGUACCUCCGCAGAACACAGGAUAUCCAAGCGAUCUUGUCGUGUCGAGCUACUACCUGGGCGACCGUAUUACUCGCACAGAGAUCAAGGAAGUCCAGCUAUACAUGCAGGAACAAGGCGUUGAGCCAGAGAAUACGCGAGUGCGAAAGACGAUCCAUAACGGGAACGCCAUCUUCGACAUUUUCCAGGCCUCGACUCAGACUGGCAGCGGCAAGCUUACUACAGCUACACAACUUGGUGGCCCGAGAUUUAGACGCAUGAAAGGGGAUCAUCAGGACGAGGUCUCUACUAUCUCCGCACACCUCCAGAGGGCCAGUAUAUACGCACAGAAUCAAAACCAGAAGGACAUACUCGAUUGCCACAUGUACAGCUUCGAAACCGGAGAUCUCCGAGAAUAUCGACGAGGCCAGGAGAUCUGGGUCAAAGACAAAUCCCCAUCAAUCGAACACAUUCUCGGCUUCGUUGAAACCUAUCGCGAUCCCCAUGGCGUACGAGCGGAAUGGGAGGGCGUGGUGUGUAUCGCGGAUCCAGAAGAAACAAAGAAGAUGGAAGUCUUCGUGGCUAGUGCAGCGAAGUUCGGUACCUUAUUACCUUGGGCGACGGCGGAGAACGAGGGCAAGGGCUUAUUCGAGAAGGACGUGGUUACCAUACCCCAAUGUGCUAUAGUGCAUGCGCUAACAGUCUGCUGCCCUCACUCACCUCCAAUUGCUCAGUACAACGAUAUUCGCGAAAACCACGGCUCAAAGAACAUCAUCAUCGCCAACCGAAUGAGCGCGAAUCGCAACUCCGCCGGCGCAUCCAUCUACCUCCACCCUUCAGAUGGUGACCACUACCGUCAGAACCUUCAUGCUAUCCGCUUCGUCGCAACAGUCAUCCACGAACUCCUCGGCCACGGCACUGGAAAGCUCCUCAGCGAAACAAGCCCCGGUGUUUUCAACUUCGACGCCACGAACCCGCCGAUCGACCCUUUGACGAGCCAAUCGGUGGCUUCCUGGUACCGCCCUAACGAAACUUAUUUAAGCAUAUUCGAAGACAUCGCCAAUUCAGUUGAGGAGUGUAGGGCUAUACUCAUGUCGGCGUAUCUCAUCGACAACAAAGACAUACUUGCGAUUUUCGGAUACGAGGAGAAUAGUGCGCUGACGGCUGACGACUUGAUAUAUCUUUCCUAUUUACACCUCGGUGUCGAAGGUCUCCGUUCGCUCGAACACUACAACCCCGAUGACAAGAAGUGGACCCAAGCGCACAGCCAAGGUUACUUCGCCAUCUUCAAACACCUCCUCAUGGAAGGCAACGGCGUCCUCACAGUCCACCACGACGCCGACAUAUCCACCCUACACGUCACCGUCGACAGCACCAAAAUCAUCUCCCACGGCAAACCCGCGCUGGGUCGCAUGAUGUGUGCCCUGCAUAUCUGGCGGUGCACAGCGAAUGUCGAGGCGUGUCGACCGUUUUAUGAGAACUUGACCAGUGUAGAGGGUGUGUAUGAGGCGUGGAGAGGCGUUGUGGCGACGAGACUGGAGCGGAGGGCGAAGUUCGUGCAGGGAAACACGUUCCUGAAGAAGAAUGGGGAGAUGGAAUAUAGGGAGUACGAGGAGAGUGAUGAGGGCAUCAUUAGGUCUUGGGCUGAGCGAAAUUUCUGA